AUGAAGGGUCAGGGUACAGUUUCGUUUGACUUUGAUUGUUACUUGAUCCUGUGCAAGGGUGUCUCUCCUAUCUUACAACGAAUCGACAAGGACACAGACGAGGCCAACAGAAAAGCCAGUGGCGCGGCUGCUGACCCAUUCAGAAAUGUCCUCAAAGACAAGAUUCCACCCAAGAACCCUGAUUGGCACAAGAACGAGGCUUUUGAGUCGCCAGAGGAAUUCCCAUUUGCUUCAUCAGCUCAGGAAGGAUCCAAGUGA